CACAACAGAAAAGCAAGCUGUUCCAGCACAGACAUGGCACCCCAUUCAGCCACACUCGCCUCCUUUGACCAUCUUCACUUCAGCGAUAAGGAAAGAAUAAAGCUGAGGAAGCGGAUAGUUGAAAAAGAUGCGUCGGGAUCGAAUCACACCUCAUCGAUCAGCUGAAAAGUCUCCUUGAGAAAAAGUGUCCAGAGUCACGACCCCAGCACCAAACUGGAGAAGGCGGACAUCUGGAAAUGAACAGUCAGCUUCCUGAAAGCAGCAGAUUCAAGCAACAGCAGCAGGAUCCCUCAGAGAGACUACAAUGAAGGCUAUUCUCACUGCUGGAGAGACUCUGUCCACUUCCUCUCGCUUCACUCCAACGCUGGAGAGCUCCAGCAUCUGCACAGUGGUCCAAAAAACCAGCUCAAGCUGGGCUCCACUCCAACGGUCUGCUCUAAACUGAACAACUGCUUACAGCAGCCAGACGGCGGGAGGUCCGUCUGGAGACCCUGGUAGAGAUCCUGUGGACUGACAAC